CAGCAAUGUUAAGAUUCGCAUUUGCUGCAUAGAGUAAGGUAGCAUUUUAAAUGACAAGGCCAAAAUGAGUUGGUUGCUAUAUGCUCUGUUAACAGCAGUAUUUACUGAAGCUAUCGCGGGAAAAGAACUUCAAGAUGACGUAUGCUUCAUGAAACUAAAUAAAAAUGGAAAACUCGAAAAAUACGGUCCAUGCAAGACUCCAGAAUUUGUACUGCCGUGUCGACAGACGGACUGGACUGGUUGGCUGAACCUGGACACUCCUUCACUUUUAUGCGAUUGUGAGACACUAGAGCGCGCUGUUGCAACACGAGGAGUUUGUACAAGACCGACGCACAUCGAGGUUCAACUCGCAGACGGUCGUCCUUACACUGAAGGCGGGAAUAUGGUUGACAUAUCUCUUGAAACAGGUUUUGCAUGUUGGAAUGACUUGCAACCUGACGGCAUGAAAUGUGAGGACUACAUGGUUAGAUAUUGCUGCCCAGAUGAAGACAAUUCUAGUGGCGAUGGAAGCGGUCUACAAGUAUUGUUGGGAGGAUAAAUCAAUGUAGAUUACUUUCGUAAAAAAUUAAAACAAUGUUUAAUUAUGGUGUCCAUAAAAUCUUAUUUUUUUUUCAAAUUGCAAAGAGAAUUUAUCGAUACUAUAUAUUAUUUUGGCACUCACAGAUAUAUUAAGAAAAAUUA